ACAGCUGACCGAAGUCUUUUUCCGGCGAGCUUGCGACGUUUACGGAACGUGUAGAGCGUAGCUCGCUUUUAAAUCCGUAUUAAUCGGUGUGAAUUUUAUAUUUAACACGGGUUUAAUACAUAAAAUAAACAGCCACAAUGCCGCCUAAGUUCGAUCCUAAUGAAAUUAAAAUCGUGAACUUGAGAUGUGUUGGUGGGGAAGUCGGUGCCACAUCAUCCCUGGCCCCUAAAAUCGGUCCUCUUGGUUUGUCUCCCAAAAAGGUGGGUGAUGACAUCGCCAAGGCGACCAGUGACUGGAAGGGAUUGAAGAUCACAGUCCAGCUGAUCGUACAGAACAGACAGGCACAAAUCUCAGUGGUACCUUCUGCUGCUGCGCUGGUCAUCAGAGCACUCAAGGAACCACCACGUGACCGCAAGAAGCAGAAGAACAUCAAACACAAUGGCAACAUCACCCUUGAGGAUGUCAUCGGCAUCGCCAAGAUCAUGAGGCCCAGAUCCAUGGCGCGUCACCUCUCCGGCUCAGUGAAGGAGAUCCUCGGCACCGCACAGUCCGUCGGAUGCACAGUGGAGGGCAGGCCUCCCCACGACCUCAUCAAUGACAUCAACAGUGGAGCCCUGACCAUUGAUGAAUAAAGAUUUAAGGAUAUAACUUAAA